AUGGAAAUUCCGCGCGGCGCCGCAGGGCGCGAAGAGGCGUGGCGGUUGGCAUUCGCCAGGCGCGCUGGCGGCGGCUCCCGGGUCGCGGAGACGCACGCGGAGGAUUGGCUUAUCUGCAUCGCAAGGCAGGAGCAGCGAGAUUGGCAGAUGGGACGUAUUGCGGCUGGCAUCGAAAAUAAAGAGAGCACCGUCAAUCGUGACCGUAUGUUUCCUUUACGAGAAUCCUGUGCAGUAUUUCGAUUGGGCAAUAUGUGAAACGAACCACGCUAUGCUACGAGUGCGCACACGGUCGGUGGCUAAGCCCGUGACUGCCAUUACGGGGAGCAGCAGCCGAGAAGGGAUUUGGCUGUUUCAGGUUAACUGGCUUUGGCCGACUGCGUGAAGGGAAAGUGCAGAAAGGAGAAAUAAUUGUAAGAGGCACAUACGGACAAAGGGUGGACAAUAAAAGCAGGGACACAGUUCGGUUGGUGAACUUGGGAAUGAAAAAAAUGGAGAGAAUACAGAUGCUGAUGGCAGUACAAAUGUGAAAUAAAAAAGUGGUAGUAUGAGGGUCGUAUUUGGAACUUUGCCACUUGCUGCAACGUGUAAAAGACAAGGAAGAAAGUCAUGUGUAGCGGCGAAGAGCCAGAAAAGUAUGUAUGGUAAGUCUGCUUGGCGUGUAGGUUAAUGUAUCACAUACUAAAUAAACAACUUAAAUACUCGUGUGUUAAACGUCAAGUUUAAGACAAUUACGAACUAAAACGUGAUCAAAAGCAACUCAUUGUGACAAAAUUCAUACGCCAAUGCUCUAGCCGGUCAGGUUUUUCUGGUGAGAAAGUGUUAUACAAAGAAACAAAAAGAAUGUUUUUUGUCUUGUGUUCUGAGACGUCAACAGAUUAGUCCAAGGGACUACAAUAUAACAAAACAUUUCAUAAAAACUAUAUGAAUCUAAUUUUCACGUGG